UCAAAGCAUGAAUACAUUGUUCUAUUUAAUGCAUAUUUUGGACAUUACUUCCUGAGAAAUUACUGACAACCAUUACAGAUAAAACAUAAAAAUAAUCAAAUUAUCUCUGUCCGUUUAACUGCACUUUGCACUAUCAUCAUCACGAGGAUCUUCUUUGUUUACAAAUACUGCUGUGAUAGCUUAUAUGAUAUUUAAACAGGCUUCUUUUAUGAUAAAGUUAUCUAUAAAAGUUUAAAAAUGUUUUGAAUCAUAUCAUUUAUCGUUUUAUUCUGCACUAAAAGAAUAUUAUUUUUCCGUUGAAAGUACUAUGGAAAUGCGUAUUUUUUCUGCAUUACUAAUUGUUUUAAGUGUCAGCGUUGUAUUGUCAUUCCGCUCGAUUCCUGAGUAUCUUGAAAAACCUAAAAAUGGAAGACUAUGGGCUGUUUUAAUUGCCGGAUCUAAUACAUGGAACAAUUAUCGUCAUCAAGCUGAUGUUUGUCAUUCAUAUCAGAUUUUGCACACACACGGCAUCCCUGAUGAAAGAAUAAUUGUUUUGAUGUAUGAUGAUUUAGCACAGAAUUCUGAAAAUCCCACUCCUGGCAUUGUCAUAAAUCAUCCCAAUGGACACGAUGUUUAUAAAGGUGUGCCUCAUGAUUAUACUGGAGAUGCAGUAACUCCUGAAAAUUUCAUGGCUGUUUUAAGAGGCGAUAAGAAGGCUUUAAAUGGAGCUGGUAGUGGAAAAGUGUUAAAAAGUGGACCCAAUGACCAUGUUUUUGUUUAUUUCGCUGAUCACGGCGCUCCAGGUUUGAUUGCUUUCCCUGAUUCAGAACUCACUUCCUCUGACCUCAAUAAAACAAUCAAUUACAUGUUUAAGCACAAAAUGUAUGCUAAGUUGGUUUUUUAUAUUGAAGCUUGUGAAUCUGGAUCAAUGUUUGAAAAUAUCCUGCCAGACAACAUCAAUGUUUAUGCUACAACUGCAGCAAACGGUGAAGAAUCUUCUUAUGCUUGUUAUUUUGAUGAAAAAAGAGAAACUUACUUGGGAGAUUCCUACAGUGUCAACUGGAUGGAAGAUUCUGAUAAGGAAGUAUUGACCAAUGAAACACUUUAUCAGCAAUUUCGAAUUGUUAAGAAGGAAACAACUGAAAGCCAUGUUCAAGAAUAUGGAGACAUGAGUAUUGCUAAAAUGACAGUGAGUGAGUUCCAAGGUAGAAAAUCCUCUAAACCCAUCACACUACCCAGACCUGAGAAUUUAGAUCUUGUCCGAAGUCGAGAUGUACCCGUUGAAAUAUUGAAAAGAAAGUACUUGAAAUCUAACUCUGAUGACCAAAAAGCUGAAUAUUUAAAGAAACUUAACAAGAUGCUUAGAAAUAGGAUAUAUUUAUCACAGAAGGUAACUGAUAUUUUGACCGAAGUAUUCCAUAACAGAAAUGAAGAAGCUGACACAAUGGACAAGCAUUAUAAGCUGACUAACUUCAAAUGUUAUGAUGAUGUUCGAAAAUAUUUCAAUGAGGAAUGCUUUCAACUGUCAAAGAAUGCCUAUGCUUUAGACUUUAUGUAUGUUUUGGUUAACUUAUGUGAGAAGCAUGUAGAGGAAGCAAGAGUGAAGCAUGCUAUGGACUUAGUGUGCACCCACCCACCUAUUCAUGGAAUUUUAUAAAAAAAUGUUUUCAUUUUAUUGAACAAAUUGUUGCUAAUUUUUUUUUUUUACUGUAUAUAAUGUAAAAUAUCUCACUGUAUAGUAAUAAAAUUAAUUUUUUAUAAUCAAA